GUUUGGGAGCGGAAAGAGCCGGCUCUUCUUGGUGAGCUGAGCCAAAAGAUCUGGCUCACUAAAAAGAGCCGGAAUUCCCAUCACUGGUCUGUCAGUGGGACCCAGAGCGUUUGUUUCAGACGGUUUGGGGUCAAAACCGGCCAGAAACAUCCACGGUGAGCCGCCUAGAGGUCUAGAGGGAAACUUACACAUUACAUUCACAAGACAAGUCGAAUCAGCUUUAGAAGAAGACAAUACCGAGCAUAAGAUGUCAGCGUCAUUAAGCGGGAAAUCACUGGCACUGAGUCAUGGAGCAAAUAUAAAGGCAAGGAAACAGGAUGGAUUUGUCAGAGUGAGGAAAAGUGAUUUAGAGAAGUUAACCACAGAAGUGAUGCAGCUGAGGGAGUUCCUGCCCAGAGUUCUGAACGGGGACCUGAUUGAAAUGCUGCAUAAAGCUCGAGCAGCUCAGACAAUGAAGGAGCACCAUGCACAGGAACAGGAGCAGAUGCGACAGGAGUGUAGGCACCUUCAGUCCCGAUUGGAUGCAGUGCAGACUGAAUGUCAGAAAGAGAGAGAGGAGAAGCUGCUGUUACGUGAGCAGCUGUGGCAGAGCGGAGCAGAGCUGCAGCAGCAGGCGGACUUCUGCUCUGGUCUGGGAUCUGCAGCCGGCAGUCUGCUGUGGAGCUGCUCUGCCAGUGAGGACACGGUCACUCGCUGGCUGGCUGACGGGAAGCUGCAGUCCUUCCUGGUUGUAGCUGCUCAGACUCUGGAGAGCUUCGUCAGGUCUCUGGAUGAGGAGGCCAAAACUCAAACUGAGGACCACAACUCCCAGGAGCACCAGUUUGUGCUGGCUCUGGCUGGAACCAUUACUAACAUCGCAGCGGUAACGUGUGGCCGGGAUUUCCUCUCCAGCUCGGCUCACGUCCUACUGGACACUCUGAUGAAGCUUCUAGAGCUGAUGAAGCCUGGUGUCUUCCCCAGACUGAAAGUGUUGAUGCUGAUGGCUCUGUAUAAUGUCAGCAUCAGUGUUAAAGGACUGAAGUGCAUCAGUGAGAACCCUGGACUCCUGCCUCUUAUCUGGACCCUGCUGGACGAUGGAGACUGGGAGGUGUGUCUCCACUCUCUGCGCCUCCUGCAGUCGGUGUUGUUGGAAGAGGAGGUGCUGCUCCUGCUGGGCUCUUCUCUGCUGGAUCCAGACCUCCAGGCUCGCGUCAGCCGACUCACCUCCAGUGGGCAGCCCAGCUUGAGACUGGCUGCCCAGCAGACCCUGGAGGACCUGCUGGCCCUCCAACAGGUGCCACAGUCACAACAUAUGUAGCUCCUCCUUAUGGCUUAUAAGUCAAAGCAAAGAAAUGCAAUUACAAUUUGUAUUUAGGGCUGAACAAUUGAAUUCUAACCAACGUUACGUUGUAACAAAACGCAAUUUUCAAAUCGCAAAAGCUGCAAUUAAUUUGUUUUAUUAAUGCUACGCAAUCUAACCAACCAGAGGGUCGGAAACACCUGGCCCCCGUGAGCCUCACGUGCACACACUGUCCUACGCUGCACGUGAAACAUGACAGUGAGAGUAGAUGAAGAAAACAACUUGUUAAAUCCCCCGCCGCAAGUGAGCGGUGAUGGUAAUGCAGCCAUUUGACACGCAACCAUAGUCAGAUGUUGAGACUUGUUCUGUUCUGCACUUUAGUGUGUGUGAUUUGUUCCUGUAACUGACUGGAGAUCAGUAAGAUUCACAUAUAUCUUUCAUAUAUUCAUGUUUUUCUGCAGUGCUUUGUUGUUCUUUGUUCCGAUCAUAAUAUAACAUGUUUACAAGGCUUAAAGUUAUCAAUAUUCUACUGUGAUUGAAGGUUUUCACAGUUCAGCAGCUAAAUAAAGACUUACUUUUUUUAUUUUAUAUUUA